AUGGGCUGCGCGGACUCACAUCAUGCUGCUGUCAAGUCAUCGAUUCAAAAAGAUUCAAAACAAAAAGUUCUGCAUCCACCAAACAGUGUUCAUCCAGUUCGGUCGCCAUUAGCAAACAAGAACCAUCUCAAAGAUCAUAACCAUCAUAACGGCUCUGCGUUUCAUACGAAAUUACCAGAUCACGGAGUCAACGAACGUAACAAACAUAUACAUGAUAGCCAUGUUAGCAAAAAGGGAGAUUCGUCUGUACAUGAUGGCAAUACACAUCAUACGAAAUGUGACAUUUGUGACAAAUGGCCAAUACUAUGUGAUCGAUAUAGAUGUUUAGAAUGUACAGAUUUUGAUGUAUGUGGGGAAUGUUUUGAGAAACGACGAGAAACAGAAAGUCACAAGAGUGGACACGCUUUUGCUCAUUUCAAAUUGCCUAUGGAAUUAUUCGGUAGGAUGAUCGGCGAUGUUGAUCAAGAAGUUACCAUGGAAAGAUUAGUAGAAAAUUUUCAAAAUGCCAAGCAUCAAGGAGUGGCGUGUGACGGUUGUUCAACCAAAUCAAUUACAGGAAUCCGGUUCAAAUGUGAUACAUGUCCUAGUUAUGAUCUAUGCCUGAAAUGCAUGAAGAAGAAAAAAGAAACACGUCAUCAUACAGCGAAACAUCCCCUGAUCGUUAUUGAUGAAAAUAAUUUGAAUGUAAUUGAAAUGAGUGAUAUUGAAUUAGGCCACAAAUUGGGUCAAGGCAAUUUCGGCAAAUCUAUACAUAUAAAUAUACUAAAACUAAUAUCUCAACUGAAAUAUCUCUAUAUUACAUUGGCGCUUGGUAUACUCAUUUAUCGUAUAGGUUCGGUUUACAAAGCUAAAUGGAUUUCAAGAAAUCAACAAGUUGCUUGUAAGGUAUUCGAUGUUCUACUCAAUCCGCAACUAAUAAAAAGUUUUGUAGAAGAACUAUCUGCAUACAAUGAAUUAUCAGGCGCUUAUAUCCUCAAAUUGUAUGGUUAUGUUCAUCAUACACUACCAGAUAGUAAUGGUGGAGUACAGUGCAUGCUUAUUAUGGAAAACAUGAAUAAGGGCAGUUUGACAUCAGUGAUACAAAAAGAAAAGGUCUCCAUCAUAACAAAGCUCAAUAUGGCUUUGAAUAUUGCUAGUGGAAUGCGUAAAAUACAUGGACGCAAGAUGAUUCAUCGGGAUAUUCGUCCUGAUAAUAUUCUCGUUAAUGACGAGUAUAUUGCUAAAAUUGGUGAUCUAGGUAUUGCGUAUAGAAUUCAAACUACUGCUCAACAAAUGGCUACAAAUACUGGAUGUAUAUCUUAUAUGCCACCAGAAUUUUAUAAACAUAAAUGUGAUCAAUCUCUCGACGUAUUCACUUUUGGUCUUACAUUAUACUUUAUAUUUACGGAGACAUUUCAUGCAUAUGAAGAAGAAGGAAAUAUAAUUAAGUUGACUAAGAAUAGUCCUGUUUUUGAAGAAAUAAUUGAACGGUGUGCUCAUCACGAUUCUAAACAACGUCCGCUGGCAGUGGAACUUGAAUCCAUAUUUGCUCUUUACAAACGAAUCUUUGAAAAAUAUGCUGCAGAAAAUAAUUUUGACUACAAAAGUCAACCACUUAAUCAGCAAAAUCGUUUUUUUCUCGAAUUUUACAGAUCAUUUCAUAAACGAGAUAAGGCAUCUAUGGAAACUCAAUUUUCUCGUGCAAGAGCGGACUCGUAUGAUUUCACGGCUAGCGAUGCAAUUAAAUCUACUCUUUUCGCAAUAGUGAUGAAAAAUGCAUUGGAAAAGGAAAUAGAAGGAAAACGAAAACGAAAAGGCGGCGAGAAAAACAGCAACGAUGAUAGUGAUAGUUAUAGUCAAGAUGAUUAUGAUGAUGAUGAUGGAAAUUAA